AUGAAAUAUGCUUUGCCUGGUAAUGAUAAUGGAAGCAGGGUUAUUAUCACAACACGCAAUGAAGUAGUAGCCCCAUGUGAUUUUGUCCAAAAGUUGGAAACUUGGUCUCAUGAUAUGGCUUAUGAGUUGUUUUCUAAAAAGAUACUUGGACGUGAUUUUAAGUGUCUUUGUCCUGAAGAGCUGGAGAAAUUAUCUCAUAAGAUUAUCCAAAAAUGUCAAGGCUUGCCUCUUGCAAUAAGGGCUAUUGCUGGUUUAUUAUCAAGAAAAAAUGUCCAAUCUGAAUGGCAAAAAGUUCUUGAUAAUAUCGAUUUUGAAUUCAAAACAAAUUCUCAACUCACAAGAAUUUUUCAAAUUCUUUCCCUUAGUUAUCAUGAUUUGCCUUACCACCUUAAACCUUGCUUUUUGUAUUUUGGUAUAUUUCCCGAAGAUUAUUUAAUUGAGAAAAACAAACUAUGUCGAUUAUGGAUUUCUGAGGGUUUUGUUCAAGCAAGGGAAAGCAAAACUGCAGAGGAAGAAGCUGAAGGUUACAUAAAUGAGCUUGUUGAAAGAAGUUUAGUUUGCUUUGAGAUAUUACACGGAACAGUGAAAGGUUGCAAGGUUCAUGAUUUGAUGCACGAAUUCAUCAUAUCAAAGGUAAAUGAUUUAUGUUUUUGCCAAAUUUUGAGCCAAAAAAAUUCAGAAUUUGAUGAAAACAAACAUCGUCGCUUGUCAAUCUGUGGAAGCAUACCAGCAACUGUUGGAAAUAUUGUGAAUAUUUUAACAAAAUAUAUAAGUGUCUUAGUGUGUGUGAGUUGGAAAGAGUCCCACAUGGGAUAUGAACCCUCAUUGACAAGGUAUCGUUCCUCUUUUAUUUUGCUAGCAGUUUACUCAACAGCAACUAUAACUAACAAAAUCCAACAGUUCACGGGUGUUCGCUCGAUUUUACUUUUAAACAUCAAUGGCAUUGAGCUGAUUGACAAGUCCUUUUGGAUUGCUUUAUUUAAAAGUUCAAAGCUUUUGAAAGUUUUGGACUUUGAAAAUGCACCUCUUGAUUAUCUUCCAAAGGAAGUGGGAAAUUUGUUUCAAUUGAGGUACUUGAAUUUGAAAGAUACAAAUAUCAAAGUUCUUCCCGAGUCUAUAUGUAACCUACAUGAUCUACAAUAUUUGAAUCUUGAGAAUACCCAAGUGGAUAAGCUUCCAAAAUCCAUUGGCAAGCUUCGUAAUCUACGUUUUCUGAAUAUUUUGUAUGCCUUUGUAUGGGAGCUUCCAUUGGAGAUUAAUAAGCUUUGCAAUCUUCGACAAGUUUUUGCUUCACGUAAAGAGGAUACUCAAGCCAAUUUGUCUGCGGUAAAGAUACAAGAAGGAUUUAGUUAUUUGGAGAAUUUAGAAAUUCUUAUGCAUGUGGAAGUGCAUCAAGAUGUGAUUGGUUUCAUAAAUGAGUUGAAGAAUUUGAGCAAUUUGAAGAUGUUGGGUGUUUCAAAUUUGACUAAAGAAACAUCUAGAGCUAUAUGUGAUGUCUCUAAGAGGUUGAAUCACCUUCACACUUUGAUUCUGAGUGUUGGUGAUGUUGAUGAGAUUCUAGAUUUGGAACCGAUUUCAUCAUCUCCUCCUCCAUUGUUGCAUACGCUUUACUUGUCAGGUCAACUAAACAAGUUCCCUCACUGUUUAUUAGAUUUUAAUAAUUUGAUGAUGUUGGCAUUACGUCUCUCAAAAUUGACACAGAAUCCACUGAAAUAUCUAAAGGAUUUGCCCAAUCUGAUAUGCCUUCUUUUGAUAGACAACUCGUACGAAGGAGAGCAACUACACUUUGAGGAAGGUAGUUUUCCAAAACUCAAUGAGAUUCGCUUUAGAAAUUUGCCUGAGUUGAAGUUUAUGAAGAUAGAUAAAGGAGCGUUACCACUCCUUAAAGUGCUGAUUAUCGAAUCUUGUCCACUUAUUGAGGAGGUUCCUUCUGGCAUUCAGUAUCUAACAAAGUUAAAAAAACUUUGUAUUUGGAACAUGCCCAAGCCUUUUGUGGAUCGAGUGCUGUCGAAUGAGGGCACUGAUUAUUCCAAAAUUCAACAUAUACCAAUAGUGGACAUUAUCUAA